UUCUUUAUACAUCUUCCUACUGUGAUAAACAAUAAUAAAAUAGUGGCGAAAAUCGUUACUUCUGCGCUUAAAUUGUGUCUCCGAGCAACGUUCUUCGUAAAUAUAACAGUUCGUAAACAUAAAGUGAUUUAAGGCAUUUGUGGCCUACCGUGUAAUGUACUACAGCUGAAAAAUCACUCGUUAUGGCAUCUGGGUCUAAAAAUGAUAUAGUUAAUAGAUUGCUUAACGUGAGGCUGGACGACGGAGGUGGAGGAGAUGAGCCACCGCCGCAGAACAUGCUGCCGUCCAACCAGCAAGCACGGCAGCUCGGUCAAAUACAGGAGGAAGACAACGGAGAAGUGAGCGAGCCAGCCCCCUCGUCCGCCGCGAUAGAGAACCCUCAACCAAUUAAUAACACUGGUGGCCGCCUGCACAACUGGCAGGCGACGAAGACGACCGUCAAGGAUAGGCUGUCGUUCCUCUUUAACAAUGAAAUUCUAAGUGACGUGCAUUUCAUCGUCGGCAAAGACGCCAACCAGCAAGUGAUACCGGCGCACAAGUUUGUGUUGUCCGUGGGCAGCGCGGUGUUCGACGCCAUGUUCAACGGAGUGCUGGCCACAAAGUCUGAUGAGGUAGAGCUGCCUGAUGUGGAGCCCGCAGCCUUCCUACAUUUGCUAAAGUUCCUAUACUCAGACGAGGUGCAGAUUGGGCCAGAGAGUGUGAUGACGACACUAUAUACUGCCAAGAAAUAUGCUGUGGCUGCACUGGAGGAGCAUUGUGUUGAUUUUUUAAAAAGUAAUUUGGGGAUGGACAAUGCUUUUCUGUUGCUAACACAAGCCCGCCUGUUUGAUGAGCCACAGUUGGCCUCUUUGUGUCUGGAGAUGAUAGAUAAGAAUACUGCUGAUGCAUUAAAUGCUGAGGGGUUUACAGAUAUUGAUCAAGACACACUAAAUGCAGUGCUAGAGAGAGAUACUCUACGCAUCAGAGAAGCAAAAAUCUUUGCGGCAGUGCUCCGCUGGUCAGAAGCUGAAUGUAUUCGCAGACAGGUGCCCGUCACGCCUACUAACCAAAGAAUGGUCCUUGGAAGAGCAUUCAACGCCAUAAGAUUUCCCCUAAUGUCCGUAGAAGAAUUUGCCAUGGGUCCUGCGCAAAGUGGUCUCCUAGAUGACCGGGAAAUUGUCCAACUGUUCCUAUACUUUACUGUGAAUCCUAAACCUAAUGUUGGGUUCCUAGACACUCCAAGAUGCUGUAUGACUGGUAAAGAGCUGACGGUGAACAGGUUUCCUCAGACGGAAUCAAGAUGGGGUUAUAGUGGACCGACAGACAGGAUUCGUUUUACGGUUGAUCAAAGAAUUUUCGUUGUUGGCUUUGGACUGUAUGGAUCGUAUUUCGGGCCAACGGAGUAUGAGGUGCACUUACAGAUAAUCCACUUGGCAACGAAAAAGGUAUGCGGUUCAAAUACAACGACGUUCUGCUGCGACGGUACAGACGACACUUUCCGCGCCAUGUUCAAGGAGCCGGUGGAGAUCCUACCCAACACUUCCUACAUAGCCAGUGCUAAACUUAAGGGCACCGAUUCGUACUAUGGCACGAAGGGUCUUCGACGUGUAACAGUUGACUGCAACAACGGUGAGAAAGUUGUAUUCCAAUUCUCGUACGCUGCCGGUAAUAAUGGCACUUCGGUAGAAGACGGCCAAAUACCGGCCAUCAUCUUCUAUAUUUAAUCUCAAUGGCAACACUAGCCAUUAAAUUUAGGGCUGGCAACAUUUGUUUGCGGCUGGUUGUUUUGUUUUUGUAUUUAAUACUGCUGUAUUCUGUAUUGUUAGUCUGAAGAACAAAAAUAUUGAAGGACAUAGGUUCUUUUUUAAAAUUUGUAAUUCUUAGCUUUUUCGCUUCACAGACUAUGUCAUAUUAAAGGACAAAAGGACGGAACAGACAAGUUGUAAAGGGAUUAAUGAAUGUUGAGUUGAUAGACCAAAAUCGAGUCAUUGGGCGAUAAUUUAACAAAAUGUUUUAAAGUAUUUUGCUCCAUAUCAAGCGACAGAGAUAAUAAUAUUAUGUAUUAAAAUUUGGAACAAUAUAAGGGCCCGUACACAAAACUGCCAUGCGAUGCGAUACGAAUUAGCAACGCAGAAAAUUACGAUUGCUGCGAUGCGAUUUCGUGAGUUUCCUUUGACGAGCGUCAACCGUACUUAACGAAUUUUAAAUUGAAUGUUACUGACAUGGAUCGUAAAAGGAAUUGUGCACUUCUGUCAUUGCAUAGGAGAUACAGGAAAAAGAAACAAAGAUGAUUUUGGGAAGAUAAGAUUUUGAUGCGCGAUGCGAAUCAAUUCGCAA